UUGCUGUUGGUUGCACGUUUGCAGUAGGGGGUUGUGCCGCCCCCCCCCCCCACGCCCCCCGCCCCACGCCCGCACCCCACCUCGGAGCUACAGACGGGGAUUUUCGUCCACCAAUAUGGAUUCCAAAAGAAGAAUGAGCUUCAGUGAAAGGCACCAGAAUUUAGUAGAUAAAAACCUUAGCAAACAAUUCCAUGUUGAGUCACUAAAAAAGAUAGGUAAUCAAGUCAGGAGUCAAAUGGUGCAGAAUGAAAAUGAAGCCCGUGCUGAGCACAAGAGAUUCCUCAGAUUAUUACAAAAUGAACAACAUGAGUUAGAUAUGGAAGAGGCCAUUCAAAAGGCAGAAGAAAACAAAAGAUUGAAGGAACUCCAGCGUGAACAAGAAGAAAAACUGGCUGUGGAACUGGCAAGGCUAAAACAUGCCAGUCUGAAGGACGAAAAGAUGAGGCAGCAAGUGAGAGAAAACAGUAUCGAGCUCAGAGAACUGGAGAAGAAAUUAAAAGCAGCCUACAUGAAUAAAGAAAGGGCAGCUCAGAUUGCUGAAAAGGAUGCCAUUAAAUAUGAACAAAUGAAACGUGAUGCUGAAAUAGCCCAGACCAUGAUGGCAGAACACGAGAGAAUCGUGAAGGAAGAGAGUGCUGCAGAAGACAGGCGGAAUAAAGUGAAAACACAGUACAGUCUUGACCUAGAGAAACAACUUGAAGAACAAGAGAAAAAAAAGCAGGAAGCUUAUGAACAGUUAUUGAAAGAGAAACUCAUGAUUGAUGAAAUUGUCAGGAAAAUCUAUGAAGAAGAUCAAUUAGAAAGACAACAAGAGUUAGAAAAAAAGAAUGCAACUCGAAGGUAUAUAGAAGAGUUUCAGAAAGAGCAGGCUCUCUGGAGAAAAAAGAAACGUGAGGAAAUGGAAGAAGAAAACAGAAAAAUCAUAGAGUUUGCCAACUUGCAUCAACAAAGAGAAGAAGAUUGGAUGGCGAAAGUGCAAGAAAAUGAAGAAAAAAGGCUACAGCUUCAGAAUAUGUUGACACAGAGAUUGGAAAAAAUGCUGCAGCAACGUGAAGAUUUGGAACAAGUGAGACGAGAAUUAUAUGAGGAAGAACAAGCUGAAAUACAUAUGAGGAAACUGAAAGAAGAAGCAGAGGAGAAAUUGAGAAAGCAGAAAGAGUUGAAGCAAAAUUUUAUAGAACAAAUGGCCUUGAAGGAACUGGUACAACAGGCUGCAAAGGAGGAAGAGGAGAUCUUUAGAAAGGCUAUGUUAGCGAAACUCGCCGAGGACGAUCGCAUAGAGUUAAUGAAUGCUCAGAAGCAAAGAAUGAAGCAACUGGAACACAAGAGGGCUGUGGAAAAACUUAUUGAAGAGCGCCGCAAACAGUUCCUUGCAGACAAACAACGUGAACUGGAAGAAUGGCAGCUGCAGCAAAGAAGACAGGGAUGUAUUAAUGCAAUUAUUGAAGAAGAAAGAUUAAAACUGCUCAAAGAACAUGCUACGAACUUACUAGGAUAUCUCCCUAAAGGUGUAUUCAAAAAAGAAGAUGAUAUUGAAAUGCUUGGUGAAGAGUUUAGGAAAGCAUAUCAGAAAAGGAGUGAAGAAAAGUGAUAUCGAGAUUUGGUAAAAUCUGGAUUCUUUUGUAUGUUACCACUAGAUGUCAGUGUGAUUUUUGUUUUAGUGAUAGUAAGAAUCUAUUGUCUACUUGAAUUUUCUAAAACAUCUGUUAUCAUUUGUAAAUGGUACUCUAUAAGAAAACAUUUUUCUUUUCUUAUAAAAAUUAAAAUUACUGAAUA